ACGCCCAUUCAGUUUCAUUUUCCAGGAAAACAGGUGAUCCUCACUUUCCUAUAUAAGUCCAGUUGUCCUACACAGACUGGUCUAAGGCUCCGGAUCCUGAGUGCAACAAUGGGUCUGUUGACAGGCUUAGCGAUUGCAGCCGGGGCAGGUGGAGCAGUGGUCUCUGCUCCUAUUGUCCUGGGAGCUGUAGGUUUCACCUCAGCUGGAAUAGCAGCAGGUUCCUAUGCUGCAAGCAUGAUGUCUGCUGCUGCUGUGGCCAAUGGAGGAGGAGUGGCAGCAGGAAGUCUGGUGGCUAUUUUGCAGUCAGCAGGUAUGGCAGGUCUGUCUGGGGCCGCCACCGCAGCCGUGGGCUCUGUUGGAGGAGCUGUAGGAUUUUUGGCUACUCUCAUCUGAGACCAGGAAAUUAUGAUAAUCAGAAAGAAAAAUAAUAAUAAUAAUAAAGGAUAUACUUAUUUUUGUUGGAAACAGUUGCAAUAGUAUCAGCAUCAUGCUUCAGUAAAGCUGGACUGAAACCUGAGUGCUGAUAAUGCUGUGGUGUUUUAUUACGAAACACAUGAACACGGUCAAAUUGUGCAACUUUAAAUAAAGCCCUAAUAAAAUAAUGAAAAAUAUUUUAAA